AAUCAUCCUUGUUAGCUCCCCUUUUAGCCCCUUUCUCGUCGCUAUUUAUAUCGCCGCAUCCCCACACAGUGACACCACGGGGACACACGGGACUUAAGCUGUACUUGUUGGGGGUCCCGGGUUGAUCGGCCCUUCUACCAGCAGUGCGCUGGUGGUGACUGAGCUCUUUUGCCCCAGUAGCCUACAGUACUUACUACGUACGCUGUAAGCCGAACAUCGGAGAGCUCUCUCCGCACCGCUUGACCUGUCGGCAAAUGCCUGUUACGCUGGGCUGUCCAUCAGCGCUUCAUAUCAGCAUUCAGCUGAUACCACCCCAGUAUUUCCAAUUGCAUCAAUAUUUCUUCUUACAACGUAGAGAGAGAGAGCGAGACAGCUCUUUGACAGUCUUCCCAAAACUCUCGCCUGAACAAGCUCCAGCGGCCAGCCUCCGCCAUCCUUUACCCCCUUAUUAGUUACUAGUACUGCACAAAAGACCGGGCAACAAAAACCUUACAACCACAAUGCCGAACCCAUACUACACAUUCCCGCCUGAUGCUCCCCUAAACUUCUCUCUCUACUGCCACAAUCGGUCCGACAAGUCGCCACCCCUACGGCCCCGUCUGCCGCAAUGUCGACGUCGCGGUAUCACUCAUCCGCUUCCAGACUGGGUCGACUCGCCCUUCUCCGAUCCUUGGGCAUACACAUCCCCGCAGGCUCAUUGUACACUAUAUACGGCCCUCCCGCCUGAAAUUCGGUUUUUGAUAUUCGAAGUUUUGUUGGGCAAUCGAGUGUUGCAUGUGGAUACCAGUUACUACCGGGGAUACAGAGUGCUCAAAGCCUGCCGGCACACUGGUGCGAGGUGGGAUCGGAAAUUUUGGGACACAGUUAUCAGCGGCUACAACGAGAACAGGAAAGUGACCUGUCAGUGUGGCAAUGGAUCAGAGGAUAGCCUGUAUUUAGAGAUUUUAAGAACUUGUAGGAGGAUAUACUCCGAAUGUAUCCCUCUCCUCUACACUAGAAAUAUCUUCAAUUUCAAUAGAGAUGCAGACACCUCCAUCUUUACAUCUCGACCUUUGCAAAAGCGCUUCCAAUCCGUCUCAUCCAUAGAGUUUAACUUAUCGAACACACCACACCGCAAUGCAUAUCGCUUGCCCGUCACGAGAUCAGCGACGUACCAGAAACUCCUAACCUCGCUCUCCUACAUGGCCCCCGUGAAAAUAGUCCGGCUGCACGUAACAAACCUCCCAGAUAGAGCCGGUGAGCAUGAUCCCGGUGACGUGGAAGACGCGAUCAAUCUAAGCUGGGAGGAGUUGUGGCUAGGGCCCGUGGACAAGCUGGUCCGGCACCUGGCAUCCACGUUGGAGGAGUUGGAGUUUGUGAUCCCGGCGCAUUGCUUUGACUUGCUUUGUCGUGGUGAUAAGGCGGGUGCUAUUGGCGGUGCUGGUGGGGUUGAGGAGACAGUCUUUUGCAAUGAGCUGCGAGGUGGGAAACGCUGUCGAAGAUGGCUUGAGGGGGUGAGCCCUGGGGUGCAGUAUUGGAUCUCGUGCCCUGCCCGGGACCCGAGCCCGGAUGCUUGAUGAUGUGAAUGCAAUCGGGGGGUUGUACCGUCUCUUUACUACUUGGAUGAGAGGCUGGUGUCGUAGGGGCCGAGCAACUCUGUACGUUUUGGCUUGCGUACAGAUAUAUAUGUAUAUACUAGUAUUUUUUGCACCUUGUAAAGUGUGCCGUUACGCUCAAUUGAAAUUCCAGGGUUGGUGCCCUAUAGGUAUUGAGAGGAGGCUCUGAAACACGACCAUCAUGUCAAAACUGACUCUGACUUCCCAAUUCGGUAAAUUCUAUUACCUUAUGGGUCGUCGCCUUUUGAAAACGCCUCCCCCUCCCCCGGGCCAGAAAGAGGUCAGAGGUUUAUUGCCAACGCGGGAGUUGUCGGCGCUAUGCUGAUCAGCACAACGUUGUUUGAACAUUGAAAUUCCCCAGAUAGACCCCGUCCAAACAGUGUGUUGCAUUUGUUGAAAUGGAGUUCUUGGGCCCAGCAAACCAUUUCCAGUUCCUGAUGCAGCAGCCCCAACGUGGGCAGAAACAUGUGGAAUGGAAUCUUCAUGCGGAAACAAGAGGUUUGUUAGCUUCUAUGUGGGUGUUGUGCCGGACAUAAAAGAGGAGGGUAGACAGAAACUCCAUGACAGAUUGAGCGGGGAAGGACCAGAGUGUGGUGUAAGGAUUCUCAUUGAAAGAUUGAGAAUAUGAAGAUAGAAAAAUUAUCAGUGUUGUCAAAGAACACUCCGAUCUGAGAAUAAAGAAGCAAGAAAAAAAGAGUGAGAAGUUGAACAAGAUCUGGGAUUAUAACGUCAGAUCUCCCAGGGGUCAAAAAAGAAACAUUACAGAA